GAAAAGAUGGCUGGGUGCACUUGGGCUGUUUUCUGUAGAAGCGUCUCAGCCGUCCUGAAGGCUUCCAGUUCAUUAGUAACGGCUAAGGCCCCUGCUAGCAUAGGGUUUUCUCUUAAUUUGUUGUCUAAGACUACACCGAAUGUCACAUCUUUUCACCAGUGUAAAUUACUUCAUACCACAAUGUCAAAGAGAGGACUAGAAGAAUUUUUUGAUGACCCAAAGAACUGGGGGGAAGAAAAAGUAAAGUCUGGAGCUGCAUGGACCUGUCAGCAAUUAAGGAACAAAAGUAAUGAAGAUUUACAUAAACUUUGGUAUGUCCUACUGAAAGAAAGAAACAUGCUUCUAACUCUAGAGCAGGAGGCCAAGAGGCAAAGACUGCCAAUGCCAAGUCCAGAGCGGUUAGAAAAGGUAGUUGAGUCCAUGGAUGCACUAGAUAAGGUUGUCCAGGAAAGAGAAGAUGCUUUAAGGCUUCUUCAGACCGGCCAAGAAAAGCCUAGACCUGGUGCUUGGAGAAGAGAUAUCUUUGGAAGAAUCAUCUGGCACAAGUUCAAGCAGUGGCCUUUACCUUGGUACCUAAAUAAAAGAUACAAUAGGAAACGAUUCUUUGCAAUGCCUUAUGUGGAACAUUUUGUCAGACUGAGACUUGAAAAACAAGCCCGCAUCCAAGCAAGAAAGAAAAGUUUAGAGAAAAAGAAAGAAAAACUUCUUCUGGAAAAGUUUCCACAUCUUUCUGAAGCCCAGAAGUCAAGUCAUACUGUCUAAGUUGUUGGAACUCCUAAUGUACAUUUUGUCUUUCUUG